AUGGUGGUCGUCUCCGAGUCAUCGCCGGAGACCCGCCACGCCUUUGUGACGGAGUGGCUGGACCCCAACUCCGGUAUCCGAUGGACCUACCAGCUCUUCCACUACCCCGCCGUGGGCGAGGUCGAGAUGCACGAUGUCAAGAACCGCCGCAUGUUCCUCAAGCGCUGCCGCAGCGACCUGCGCCCCGGGGACCUGUACGUGGGCGCCACGGUGAGCCUCUUCGCGCGCCACCUCAAGAUCACGGACUACGGCGACGACGCGACCAGGGCCGCCCUAGAGCCCCGCGCCGAGAGGACGUGCGCGAUUGUCAAGCCCGAUGGCGUUGAGAGGCUUGGGCGGAUCAUGCAUGCGAUUGGCGAGACGGGGCUGGCGGUGGCGAGCCUGAGGAUGGCGCAGCUGACGCGGGGAGAUGCGGAGGCGUUCUACGGUGGGCAUGUCGGGAAGCCGUUCUUCGGGAGGCUGGUGGAGUUUAUGAGCGGCGGGCGAGUGGUGGCGAUGGAGCUGGUGGGACCCGGGGCGGUGGCGCGGUGGCGGCAGGCGCUGGGGCCGACGGACUCGGAGCAGGCUCGUGCAGAAGCCCCAGAGUCGAUCCGUGCAGCUUUUGGCACAGAUGGAACUAUGAAUGCCUGCCACGGGUCUGACUCCCCUGCAGCUGCUGCAGAGGAGCUGAACUUCUUCUUUGGCUCUGGGAGUACUGUGAGAAGGUGUGGCACUAACCAGGGGACAACACUGGCCAUUGUGAAACCCCAUGCUGUCCGGGACGGUGCCACAGGGCUCAUUGUGGACUUGAUACAAGAGAAAUUCUCCAUCAACGCGAUGGAGAUGCUAAGUCUUGAUCAAGCCAAUGCGGCGGAAUUCUACGAGGUCUAUCGUGGAGUUGUUAAUCCGGCUGAAUACAAUGGAAUGGUGGAUGAGCUGAUUUCUGGGCUCUUCAUAGUGAUGGAGGUUGCAGAUCGAGACAGUCUGGAAGCUGUUGAGCCCUUCAGAGAGUUUUGUGGCCCUGCAGAUCCUGAAAUUGCGCGUGUUCUAAGGCCAAAAUCCCUUAGGGCUCGAUUUGGUGUGAAUAAAGUUCAAAAUGCUGUGCAUUGCACAGACCUCCCAGAGGAUGGCGAACUUGAAGUGAGCUACUUCUUUACAGUGAUGCAAAAUUGA